AGCCACGUCCUCGGCGGAUCUGGACGAGGCACCAGCCCGCACCAUUUACUUGAACCAGCCCCAGCAGAGCAAGUUCCGCGACAACUGGGUCAGCACAGCCAAGUACAGUGUGGUGACAUUUCUACCUCGAUUCCUGUAUGAGCAGAUAAGAAAAGCUGCAAAUGCAUUCUUCCUCUUCAUUGCCUUACUGCAGCAAAUUCCAGAUGUCUCUCCAACAGGAAGAUAUACCACCUUGGUGCCAUUGCUAUUUAUUUUGACAGUUGCUGGCAUCAAAGAAAUCAUAGAAGACUAUAAAAGGCAUAAGGCAGACAGUGCAGUGAAUAAAAAGAAAACGAUAGUUCUAAGAAAUGGGAUGUGGCAGAACAUUAUGUGGAAAGAGGUAGCAGUAGGUGAUAUUGUGAAGGUCACCAAUGGGCAACAUCUUCCAGCAGACAUGAUCAUUAUAUCUUCCAGUGAGCCACAAGCCAUGUGCUACAUUGAAACAGCUAAUCUCGAUGGGGAGACGAAUCUUAAAAUACGACAGGGAUUGUCUCAAACUGCUAGUCUCCAGUCAAGAGAAGAAUUGAUGAAAGUGUCUGGAAGGAUAGAGUGUGAAGGACCAAACCGUCAUCUUUAUGACUUCACUGGAAACUUGCGCUUAGAUGGUCAAAGCCCAGUUCCUGUUGGUCCAGACCAGAUCUUGCUGAGAGGUGCACAGCUGAGAAACACUCAAUGGGUCUUGGGUAUUGUUGUGUAUACAGGACAUGAUACAAAACUCAUGCAGAAUUCAACAAAAGCACCUCUGAAGAGAUCAAAUGUGGAGAAAGUGACCAACAUGCAGAUCCUGGUUUUGUUCUGUAUUCUUCUGGUGAUGGCCCUUGUGAGUUCUGUAGGUGCCUUAUUAUGGAACAGAACACAUGGCGAAGUCGUCUGGUACCUUGGCUCCAACAAAAUGCUGUCUGUCAACUUUGGAUACAAUCUGCUGACAUUUAUAAUCUUGUACAACAACCUUAUUCCCAUCAGUCUUCUGGUGACAUUGGAAGUUGUCAAGUUUACUCAGGCUCUUUUUAUAAAUUGGGACAUGGAUAUGUAUUAUCCUGAAACAGAUACACCUGCCAUGGCCAGAACAUCGAACCUUAAUGAGGAACUUGGGCAGGUGAAAUACCUGUUUUCUGAUAAAACAGGUACUCUGACAUGCAAUAUCAUGAACUUUAAGAAAUGCAGUAUUGCUGGAGUGACGUAUGGUCACUUUCCUGAGCUGGAAAGGGAACGUUCAUCAGAAGACUUCAGCCAGCUACCUCCUUCCACCAGUGAAUCAUGUGAAUUUGAUGACCCAAGACUGCUGCAAAACAUUGAAAACGACCAUCCCACAGCUGUGCACAUACAGGAGUUCCUCACUCUGCUGGCCGUGUGUCAUACUGUCGUUCCUGAGAGACAAGGAAAUAAAAUAAUCUACCAGGCCUCUUCUCCAGAUGAAGGAGCAUUAGUGAAAGGAGCAAAAAAACUUGGUUAUGUCUUCACAGGACGAACUCCACAUUCGGUUAUCAUUGAUGCGCUGGGAAAAGAAAAAACCUUUGAAAUUCUUAAUGUACUGGAGUUUUCCAGCAACAGGAAGAGAAUGUCAGUGAUUGUUCGAACUCCAGCAGGACAGCUACGUCUCUACUGCAAGGGGGCUGAUAAUGUAAUUUUUGAGAGGCUUUCAAAAGAUUCCCAGUAUAUGGAGCAAACACUGUGCCAUCUUGAGUACUUCGCAACAGAAGGUCUGAGGACUUUGUGCAUUGCUUAUGCAGACCUGUCAGAAAACUCCUACAAAGAGUGGUUGAAUGUCUACAAUGAAAGCAGUACGGUUCUGAAAGACAGAACUCAGAAGCUGGAGGAAUGCUAUGAGAUCAUUGAGAAGGAUUUGCUGCUUCUUGGAGCUACAGCUAUUGAAGACCGCCUGCAAGCAGGUGUUCCAGAAACAAUAGCCACGCUAAUGAAGGCAGAAAUUAAGAUAUGGAUUCUGACAGGAGACAAACAGGAAACAGCUCUCAAUAUAGGGUAUUCUUGCAGACUUAUUUCACAGAGUAUGUCUCUAAUCCUGGUCAAUGAGGAUUCAUUAGAUGCAACAAGAGCCUCUCUGACUCAACAUUGUACCAGUUUGGGGGAGUCGCUGGGCAAAGAAAACGAUAUUGCUCUGAUUAUUGAUGGCCACACACUGAAGUAUGCCCUUUCAUUUGAAGUCAGGCAGAGCUUUCUGGACUUGGCACUCUCCUGUAAAGCAGUCAUUUGUUGCAGAGUAUCUCCUCUACAGAAGUCUGAAAUAGUAGACAUGGUCAAGAAACACGUCAAUGCUAUAACACUUGCCAUUGGGGAUGGUGCCAACGACGUAGGAAUGAUCCAGACAGCUCACGUUGGAGUGGGGAUCAGUGGCAAUGAGGGCAUGCAGGCAACCAAUUGCUCAGACUAUGCUAUUGCACAGUUUUCCUAUUUGGAGAAGCUGUUGUUGGUCCAUGGAGCUUGGAGUUACAAUCGAGUUACCAAGUGCAUACUCUAUUGCUUCUACAAGAAUGUAGUUUUGUAUAUUAUUGAGCUUUGGUUUGCUUUCGUCAAUGGAUUUUCUGGGCAGAUCUUAUUUGAGCGAUGGUGCAUUGGUCUGUAUAAUGUGAUUUUCACAGCACUGCCACCCUUUACUCUGGGAAUUUUUGAACGAUCGUGUACUCAAGAUAGCAUGCUUAGAUUUCCACAGCUAUACAAAAUUACUCAAAAUGCAGAUGGGUUCAACACAAGGGUUUUCUGGGGUCACUGCAUCAAUGCCCUGAUCCAUUCCAUCAUUCUCUUCUGGUUUCCACUGAAAGUGCUGGAGCAUGAUGCGGUAUUCACAAAUGGCCAGGGAAUUGACUAUUUAUUUGUUGGAAACAUAGUUUACACUUAUGUUGUAGUCACUGUUUGUCUGAAAGCUGGCUUGGAAACAACUGCCUGGACUAGA